AUUAAAGAGGUUUGUCAUUCCACAAUGAUCCAAGCAGGUUCAUAACGAUGGAUGAAAUGAACGGCGUCUAUUUCCACGCCUACGCAUCUUCCCAAAAUUGAUUGUUUUGUAAAUAUUUUUUACAGAGAUCGGCAUGCUAUUUAGCUUCAAUAAUCCGUCUCAAAUACCAAGAUAACCUAAACGGUAGUGUUAUUACAAUUUUUGCAUUUUUAGUCAGAUUCUUUCAUUCAGCGAUUAUUUCAUUGACCGCAUUUCUAACCAGAUAAUAACCGGAUAAUUCAUAAAACAUUCUGUUCUCAGUUGAAAUACCGGGGGUCCCUCUAUAGCAAUCUAGCCUACCUGCCACUUGGAAACAUUGAGGAAAGGAUUAAGUUACUACUGGGGAGGGAUUAUUCAUUGACUACCUUGCUUCAUCGGUUGCAAUCGGGUGUCCCUUGCACAUAAGCAACAUUGUUCGAGUUUGAGCCAGUCAUGUCCUUCCGGAGGGGUGUGGUGAGGCAGAGUAAGUUCCGCCAUGUCUUUGCCCAGGCGUGGAAGGCGGAGCAUUGCAUGGACGACGUGAGGGUGACACGGGUCACCUGGGAGGCGCCGCUCUGCGCGGCCAACCCCAAAUUCAUCGCCCUGAUCGUGGAGGCGGGAGGUGGCGGGGCUUUCCUUGUGCUGCCCCUCAACAAGAGUGGACGUGUGGACCAGAACACCCCGACCGUCUGUGGCCAUGCAGCCCCGGUACUGGAUGUUCAGUGGUGUCCGCAUGACGACAAUGUGAUCGCCAGCGCCUCUGAAGACUGCACGGUGAAGGUGUGGCAGAUCCCAGACGGAGGACUGAAGGCUCCAAUGACUGAGGCUAUUGUGACACUGGAAGGCCACAGCAAGAGAGUGGGCAUUCUAGCCUGGCACCCCACUGCUCUCAACAUCCUGUUGACCGCUGGUUGUGACAACUUGCUUUGCAUCUGGGACGUGGGGACGGGAGAGCUGGUGUACCAACUGAGCGAUGCCCAUCCAGACCUUAUCUACAGUGUGUGCUGGAACAGGGAGGGCAACAUCAUCUGCACCACCUGCAAGGACAAGGCUCUGCGCAUCAUCGACCCUCGCCGUGGGACCGUCCUCAAGGUGAAGGAGAAGGCCCAUGAGGGCACCCGGCCGAUGAGGGCGGUGUUCCUGUCCGACGGGAAGAUCCUCACCACAGGGUUCAGCCGCAUGAGUGAGAGGCAGCUGGCAUUGUGGGAUAUGAGGGAUCUCACAGAGCCUAUGGCUAUCCAAGAGAUGGACACCAGUAAUGGAGUACUGCUGCCGUUCUAUGACCCAGACACCAACAUGGUCUAUCUAUGUGGAAAGGGCGACUGCACCAUCCGCUACUUUGAGGUGACCGAUGAGUCGCCGUAUGUCCACUUCAUCAGCCUGUACAGCAGCAAGGAGCCCCAGAGGGGUGCAGGCUUUCUCUGUAAGAGGGGGGUGGACGUCAACAAGUGUGAGAUAGCUAGGUUCUACAAGCUUCAUGAGAGAAAGGUAGAACCAAUCUCCAUGACUGUUCCACGCAAGUCUGACCUCUUCCAGGGGGAUCUGUAUCCCGACACGGCGGGUCCAGAGCCCUCUCUGCUCGCCGAGGAUUGGAUCGCCGGGCAGGAUGCCCCUCCCCUGCUCAUCUCGCUGAGUGGCGGCUACGUGGCCCCGGCCUCCAAGCACAAGGACACGCUGAGGGGCCGCCCCAAACUGCCCCUCCAGAGUGCCAACUCCGGACCUGCCGCCACGGCAACCCCUGUCACCAGGGAGACGGAGGUCGAAACUCCUGCCCCGGCAAACGUUGUCCAGGAGACGGAGGCUGUGACAGACAAGGCUAGGAAGGAAGAGGAUCAGCUGAAUGAGAUCCUGGCUGAGGUGAGGGCUCUGAAGGCGGUUGUCCUGGCCCAGGGUCAGCGCAUCGACCUCCUGGAGAGGCAUUUGGCACGCAUUGAAGAUGGAGACGUCUGAUGUCUGCCUCAAGUAGCACAGUGGUGUACCCACUUCCUUCUAACACCAUGCUACCCCCCCACCCUCACCCCAACUCAUAGCCUUACAACAUCCUCUUGUAGCUUUAUGAUAUUCUGAUGAAUCAUGGGACAUGUAGUUUAACCGAGGACUAGUGAGGUACGAGAGUUCGUAAGGACAGUAAAGCUGUCAGUGAAUAGGAUUGAAUACUAAGCAUAACAUUGUACUGACAUGAGACUAGAUAAUACAUUCAUUACACAUACGCUUGCAUUAAUUUAAAUUAUGAAGAAUCACUAGUAACAUGUUUAUAGUGUUAGAAGCAGAUCUCAGGCAGGGCUAGUAGAUAUUGCUUGAACUGUUGUUUCCAGUAAAGGAAAAAAAAACUGACUGAAAAGAAUAAGAAACUUAGCGACCUCAUUCUCUACAUUGUCCUCAAGGGCUCAUGCGUCAGGUAGUUUUUCUUUUUGCUGCUAACUAUAAACUCCAGAUCACUGUACUCUCUGAAAGUGUGCAUAUAAAGUACUGUGUAUGCACAGCCUCAGGUGGGUUGGGCUAAACAACUUGUUCCCACUGUAGCUUUUCUAUGGCAUCUAUCUUGGCAUUACAAUCCUCCAAAUUUAUAUUUUAUGGAUUUAUUUUCUUUUCUUUCUUUUUAAAAAAAAAAAAACAAAAAAAAUGGAGCCUUUGAAGCUAUUCCACUAACUAACAUAUUUGCUGCACUGUUUACAACAGCUGAAUUGUGGUUGAUAAUGCUGCAUAUUAGCAUUCCAAACUAAAUAAGACUGUUGUGUGUGAUUACCUUAUCUCUAGGCUAGUUUUUGUAUAUGACCAUUGUUAUUUUUUACUACCAGAUAUCUUGAACUGUGUAAGUCUUAAAUAACGCAACUAGCUCAUUUAACCAAUCAGCGUAUGACGCUGAUGGAAUUUUGUGUGUGAGUGUAUGUGUGUGUGUGUGUCUUUGAUUUUGCACUUAAUUAUUAAGUCAUGUUGAGAGUGAUUAAUAAGCAAUAUAUGCUGAUUAGCAAAGACGUUUUUUUAGGAACCUCAAGAUGUUGAUUCAGCUUGUAGGACAGCAAAUACGACACUUGCCUAUCCCUAGGAAGGUCACAGUAAUUUUCUGUACAUCAUAUUACAAAUGUAAUUAUCCAGAACAUCUUAGGUGGCAUCAUGGUCGUUACAAUCAAGGAAGGAGCUAAACUCUUCAUCCUCAUUUCUGAUUCGUCCAACUUUUUUAUGUGUAAAUGCAUAUAUGCUUUCAUCAGUCGUAAUUUUGUGUGUUUUGAGACUAGCUGUAGUGCUGAGAUGAAAUCUCUUGGGCUUUCCAAAUAAACACUGAAAACACUACUUCCA